GGCCACAAAGCGGUCCUCCACUGGUGGGUGCGCAGUCCAUGUCGGGAGGGGUGGGUGGGGGUUCACCAAACACGCACACACCGAUGGAGGGUCGGACUUCGCCGUCUUUUGCACACUCCCCACCGACCACCAAUCACAUUCGCCCACAAAACUUGUACUCCUCAGACCCCGGUGUCAACCGUGGUGCCGCUUCUCUGCUUGGCCCGCAUGCCAACGUCUACAACUCCGAUGUCCCCAUGCCCAACCAUUCUCAUGAUUCGAGUGUAGAGGAGCCCGUCAUCGAUGGGGCGUUUGGUGCCGCUUUCACCGAACCUGCGAUGGAUAUCGCUGGGACACAAAGUGGAACACCUGCGAGUGUCGAGGUCGCAGACGACGAAGGCGGUGCGCACUGCGGCGAUGCAACAUCGCCAGCGGGAAGUGGAAAAAGGGCCGUUUGGGAGGAGGGGGGGGGUCACGGGGGACAGAGCAAGGCGAAGGCGAAAGAGCGAAAGCCGGAGUGGACACACAAGGAGAGCAUGGCGCUUGUGAGGCUGCGCUUCGAAGAGGACUGCGCACAGCAAAGCAGAGAGCGCACGACACUUGGCAAAAUGUCGUCUUCUCCGAUGCGCGGUGUUGGCAAGGUUGUGGACAUGGCCGGAGAUUUCGCGCUGACCCACAAGCAGCUUAUCGAGCAAGUGCAUGAGCUGGCCCGUAAGCGCGGGGUGCUGUUCACUCACGUAUCGGCUAUGGUGGAGGAGCUCCAGCGUCUGCAGGGUGAGCUGGAGAAGGCGAACAUGAGAGAGGGGCUUGCUAUGUCGAGAGCCGAAGCUGCGGAGCGACAAGUUGGUUCUCUGAGGGAGGAAGUGGCCCGCCUGCAACACCAGUUGUCGCUUUACGAAGGGGCCUCUGACCAUACCCCUGCAGAGCCCGAUAGUUUUGUCACAAGACUCACAACUUUGCAGAGCCCUGGCCGCAUGCAAGGUGGAACCGUCGCCAAUGUGAUAGUGUUGGUGGGUCACAUGCGACGUGACUCUAGUGUGCGCACACCUCCGCAUCGGCCGGUGCCCGCCGAGGCGAGAUCGCCUUCAUCGCUGCCCGUAGUGUCGCCGGACAUGAACCGUCGUGACGUUACGGCGGUCGCUGAACAAUUGAGGAGAAGUAUGUGUAUGGAGGGCGAUUCCCUGAGUGGGUAUAGGUAGUUGUGUGUUGCAGGUUAGCAUUUCAAAGCUCCACACCGCCGGUUGCAGGCUGUUUUGGUUGUUUUUUUUUUUUACACGGCAAAAAUGUGUCGGUUCCUUUCUUGACCCCGGCUAUGGCUGAACAGGUCCUAUUUUUGGUUUCCGUAGUCGGGUGAGCGGGUGGGAUGAUCUCACCUGCAGUUGUGUGCGUCAUCGGCAUAGUCUUUAUUUACAGGUCUGACGGAGGCUUCCCUGUGUUUUUUUGGCCAAGAACAGAAUGCAAGACUAUUUUUUUUUCAGUGUGGACCAACGCCAUCUUCCAUGUUUUGCAAUGGGUUCUUCGGUGGCCAUGUGCGAGGGCAUGUGAAGUGUUCGUAUGUGUUUGGAUAAACUUUUGUAAAUGAC